GGCCUCCAUGCGAAGCCUCCUUGCUGGGGAUGCUGUCAGCUGGAGGUCAGCCCACCCUGAGGGUGUUAUGGAUUUUUGCAGGUUGUUGGAAGCCCUCGUGUCGUUUCUUGAUUUCUCAGAUAAAAAGGCCAACUCAGCCAUGGGACUGCUCACAGACUUGGCUCUGGAAGAAAGAUUCCACGUCUGGUUCCAGGCCAGCCUUCCAGAUGUUCUCCUGGCACUGACGGGCGUGCUGAAGAGAGAUCCCAAGGUCACCAACACCUCAGCUCUCUGCCAGUGUAUUGCCAUUAUGGGAAACCUCAGCGCUGAGGCUGCCACCCGAAGACAGAUGUCUGCCUCUGAAGAAUUCAUGGAUGCCUGUUUGGGCCUCAUGGCCAAGUGUGAGGAGGAUGUGGACCUGUUCAGAGAGGUCAUAUAUACCCUCCUGGGACUCAUGAUGAACUUGUGUCUUCAGUCCCCCUUUGUCUCUGAGGUUUGGGCCAUGGAGGUGAGCAGGAAGUGCCUGUCUCUACUGAACAGCCAGGAUGGAGGAAUCCUCACAGUAAGCUUCUCCCAGGGAAAUCCAGAAACAGCUUCCUUUGUUGUUCUCCUUUUGUUUUGUUUUGUUUCGUUUUGAAGUCACCACACCUUUCAGGUUCUACUGAUUUUUCUGAGAUAUGGGGCAGAUUUUAUAUUCCUCAAAACGAUGCCCAUAGCACAUAAAUACCAAAUUUGCCUAUGGUUUCAGGGGAUUUGGUGACACCCCCCACUAGUGCCCAUCUGUGGAGGCCCUAGAGUCCAGGAACCCCAGUUAAGAAUCCCUUUUCUGUAAACUGUGGCACUUAACAACUUAUCCAAGGUAAUCUGUCUGAUUUGUCCUAUAUCAAGCCAUCUCUGUGCAAAUUGGACAGGCCAAAUGAUUUUAUUUGGAAUCUUUCUUCCAUAGUCAAAAAAGCCAGACACAUAUUUUGAAGCCAGUGAUUCUGGAGGUUUUUUAUGCAUAAUGGUUUUAGCCCCCUUGGAGAUAUAUGAUGGAAUGGCUUUCUUCUGUUUCUGACAUUUGGCUAAGAAAAUUAAGAAGGCCUAUGGUUAGCACAGUGUAUCAGGAGGAGAAUGUUAAUAUGAUUCAAGAGGCUGUUUGCCGUUAUCCUGGGAUGUGUUCUUCACUCACAUUAGGAAUCACCCCAACUUUUAUGCCUGUUAGGUCAGGGCCCUAAACCUAGAGAAACAAUUGGUGUCACAUCCAGGGCAGGUCUGGGAAACCAGCCCUUCAAGGAUCACAGCCUGGGCACAAGCCUCUUAGAUAGCCUCAUCCAGCAGAGGGCAGACAGCAAAAGCAAGAAGAACUACAGUUCUGCAGCCUGUGGAAUGAAAACCACAUUCACAGAAAGAUAGACAAAUUGAAAAGGCAGAGGACUAUGUAGGAACGAGAUGAAACCCCAGAAAAACAACUAAAUGAAGUGGAGAUAGGCAACCUUCCAGAAAACGAAUUCAGAAUAAUGAUAGUGAGGAUGAUCCAGGACCUUGCAAAAAGAAUGGAGGCAAAGAUCAAGAAGACGCAAGAAAUGUGUAACAAAGACCUAGAAGAAUUAAGGAACAAACACUAGAAGAAUUAAAGAACAAACAGAGAUGAACAAUACAAUAACUGAAAUGAAAAAUACACUAGAAGGAAUCAAUAGCAGAAUAACUGAGGCAGAAGAAUGGAUAAGUGACCUGGAAAACAGAAUGGUGGAAUUCACUGCCACGGAACAAAAUAAAGAAAAAAGAAUGAAAAGAAAUGAAGACAUCCUAAGAUACCUCUGGGACAACAUUCAAGGCACCAACAUUCGCAUUAUAGGGAUGCCAGAAGGAGAAGAGAGAGAGAAAGGACCCGAGAAAAUAUUUGAAGAGAGUAUAGUGGAAAACUUCCCUAACAUGGGAAAGGAAAUAGCCACCCAAGUCCAGGAGGCACAGAGAGUCCCAAGUAGGAUAAACCCAAGGAGAAACAUGUCGAGACACAUAGUAAUCAAAUUGACAAAAAUUAAAGACAAAGAAAAACUGUUGAAAGCAACAAAGGAAAAAUGACAAAUAACAUACAAGGGAACUCCCAUAAGAUUAACAGCUGAUAUCUCAGCAGAAACUCUACAGCCAGAAGGGAGUGGCAUGAUAUAUUUGAAGUGAUGAAAGGGAAGAACCUACAACCAAGAUUACUCUACCCGGCAAGGAUCUCAUUCAGAUUUGAUGGAGAAAUCAAAAGCUUUACAGACAAGCAAAAGCUAAGAGAAUUCAGCACUGCCAAACCAGCUCUACAACAAAUGCUAAAGGAACUUCUCUAAGUGGGAAACACAAGAGAAAAAAAGGACCCACAAAAAAACCCCAAUAACAAUUAAGAAAAUGGUAAUACAUAUCAAUAAUUACCUUAAACGUGAAUGGAUUAAAUGCUCCAAGCAAGAGACACAAGCUCGCUGAGUAGAUACAAAAACAAGACACAUACAUAUGCUGUCUACAAGAGACCCACCUCAGACCUAGGGACACAUACAGACUGAAAGUGAGGGGAUGGAAAAAUAUAUUCCAUGCAAAUGGAAAUUAAAAGAAAGCUGCAGUAACAAUACUCAUAUCAGUUAAAAUAGACUUUAAAAUAAAGAAUGUUACAAGAGACAAGGAAGGACACUACAUAAUGAUCCAGGGAUCAAUCCAAGAAGAAGAUAUAACAAUUAUAUAUGUACCCAACAUAGGAGCACCUCAAUACAUAAGGCAACUGCUAACAGCUAUAAAAGAGGAAAUCGACAGUAGCACAGUAAUAGUGGGGGACAUUAACACCCUAUUUACACCAAUGGACAGAUCAUCCAGACAGAAAAUUAAUAAGGAAGCACAGUUUUAAAUGACACAAUAGACCAGAUACAUUUAAUUAAUAUUUAUAGGACAUUCCAUCCAAAAACAGAAGAUUACACUUUCUUCUCAAGUGCACACAGAACAUUCUCCAGAAUAGAUCACAUCUUGGGUCACAAAUCGAGCCUCGGUAAAUUUAAGAAAACUGAAAUCACAUCAAGCAUCUUUUCCGACCACAAUGCUAUGAGAUUAGAAAUCAGUUACAGCGAAAGAAACAUAAAAAACACAAACACAUGGAGGCUAAAAAAUAUGUUACUACAUACCAAGAGAUCACUGAAGAAAUCAAAGAGGAAAUAAAAAAAUACCUAGAGACAAAUUACAAUGAAAACACAACAAUCCAAAACCUAUGGGAUGCAGCAAAAGCAGUUCUAAGAGGGAAGUUUACAGAAAUACAAUCCUACCUCAAUAAACAUCUCAAAUAAACAAUCUAACCUUACACCUAAAGGAACUAGAGAAAGAAGAACAAA